UUAUUCCUUUCUUCCCCUCGUUGUAAAUGUUACAAAGUGCAUUGCUACUACACUAUUUAGGGGGCGCAGUCCCAAUUCCCAGAAAAUCAUCGGCUUAAUCAGUUGGACAGUGAAAAAGGUAGCGAUGGUGUUGAUCGAGCUCACGCCUUCUGACGAUAUAUCAAAGCCACAACCACGAAUGGUCAAGGCGGAUGAAGCUUCGGUUAAUGGCGGUUCGGCCACUACGGCGGUUGAGUCGGCAUCUGGAUAUGGUUCCGAUGGUUAUGCGACUGCUAGCGAAACAGAACUGAACGAAACCGAUGAAACAGAAAGGAAGGAAGAGGAGAAAAAUCGCAGUGACAGUUAUAUACAGGAAGACAAUGCAAAAAAAGGAGAUAUGAGCUCUGCAACAUCAACACAGUCUUCUUCGUGUGAAAAUAGAGAAGCUCCUAUACAGGAAAUGGAAUCCGACAUGAGUCAACUUAUUGAGGAUGCAAUGACUCUGGCCAAUGAUCUGAAGCUUGAAGGAAAUUCGUUGUUUAGGGAUGGGCUUCACUUAGAGGCAUUAUCCAAGUAUGAGCUAGCUUUGCAAGCUGUAAAAGAUGUCCAAUCAUCUACUGAGAUUCAAUCAGUAUGCCUUGCAAAUCGUGCAGCUUGUUUCUCUAAAAUGGGAAAACAUGAGGAAACAAUAAAGGAAUGCACUAAAGCACUAGAGCUAAACCCGACAUAUAUGAAAGCGCUGCUUAGAAGGGCCGAUGCACAUGAAAAACUUGAACAUUAUGAUGAGGCUAUCAAUGAUCUGACAAAAAUCUUAGAGUUGGAACCUUCAGAUGACCAGGCUAGAAGAGCGAUUGUUCGUUUGAAACCUUUGGCAGAUGAAAAGCGUGAAAAGAUGAAGGAAGAAAUGAUUGGAAAGCUGAAAGAAAUGGGAAAUUCUAUUUUAGGGCGGUUUGGGAUGAGUGUUGACAACUUCAAAGCUGUGAAAGAUCCAAAUACAGGAUCCUAUUCCAUUUCAUUUCAGAAGUAGCAGUGGCAUACUCAGUUGAAAUUCUAGGAUAUCUUGUUUCUGUGUGUGUGUGUUGUGUGUGUGUGUUGUGUGUGAAUGUGUUUUGUAUAUGCACUGUGAGCUGUGGCUAUUUGGGCGAGUCUACUUGGAAUAGAAUGAGUUUUGGGAUGCUGGAAAGUUUGAAGGCUCAGUAAGUGGUUCUGAAUACCUAUUUGUUGAAACAUAAAAAAAUCACUUUUACUUGCUCUGUAGAUGGUAAUUCUAAUGCAGUUGGCGAUUUUUGUGAAGUUAUAUUUGAUCAUUUAGAUGAAACCGUAAUUUUAACAA